CCAAUUGCUGUUGUGUGAUGAGCAGCGCAUAAAAAAUGCAGCCGCAGCGUUUGCUGUUCAGCUGCCUAACGCUGUGGAGCUUGUGGUCAGCCGCUUGGACGGCACGCAUUCUGCUAGUGUUUCCCUAUGACUUUCCAUCCCAGUGCAUGCUGCUUACGCCUUAUAUACGAGCGCUGGUUGAACGCGGACAUGAACUGACGCUGAUUCAUGCUUUUAACAACUGCGAUGUGGUCCAUGAAGUGCAUGCUAUAUAUGCUAAAGAUCGUCAAUUUAAAAUAAAUGAUUGGUUUGAGCAUGAGGUGACGCCUUCAAUUAGCAAGUUUGGUCAGCUUGCUUCCUUACUCAAAUAUUUGGUUAAAAUGCAUCUGAAUGUGCUGGAAGAUCCGCAAGUGCAGCAGCUAAUGCGCUCAGGCGUAAGCUACGAUUUGUUCAUAAUAGAGCCUUCGUAUACGGACGCGCUGUUUGGACUGGCAGCGCAUUUCAAUGCCACCGCUAUGGGUUUGGCCACCUGCGGUGCUGAUUGGAAUAUGGAUGGCUUGGUGGGCUACAAGUCUAGCUCUGCGCUGGAAACUAUAAGCUCCAGCAUAAGCUUUAAGCCGGAUGCUGGUUUACUGGAUCAGCUAUACAACUGGAUGCAAAUCUCGGAGGAGUGGCUGCUGCAGCAGCUAAUCUUUCUACCCCAGCUGCGUUCGGUGCACACGCAUUUCUUUGGCCAUUUGGCGCAGAGCUUUGAGCAGAAUAGACAAAGUUUUUCUUUGAUACUGCUCAAUCAGCACUUUAGUCUGUUCGAGUCGCGCGCUAAUGUGCCAGGCAUGGUUGAAGUGGGCGGCAUGCAUGUGCCCAAGCAGCUGCCUGCGCUGGCGCCGCAGCUGGCGCGCUUCAUAGCUGAAGCAGAGCAUGGCGUCGUCUACAUUUCGCUUGGCAAUGAGCUGCAGAGCAAGGAUUUGAGCGCCAAGACGUUGCAAGUGCUGCUGCAUACAUUCGAGUCGCUGCCACAGCGCGUCAUAUGGAGAUUUGAGACCGAAGCUACACCCAAUGCCAGCAGCAACAUCUACUUUGGCCAAUGGCUGCCACAGCAGGCAAUACUAGCGCAUCCCAAUCUACGCUUGUUUAUCAAUCAUGGCGGCAUGCUGAGCAUCAUUGAGGCUGCGCAUUAUGGCAAACCAAUGCUGGGACUGCCGCUGUUUUUCGAUCAAGCGCGCAAUGUUGAGCGCUUGGUGCUGGAGGGCACCGCACUUAGCCUGGACAUCAAUGCGCUGACCAAACACAGCUUUGAUCAUGCGCUCAGGCAGCUGCUGUGCCAGCCGCAGUAUCGGCUGCGUGCUCAGGCGCUGUCGCAACGCGUGCGGGAUGUGCCGCUGCAUCCGCUGGACAGUGCCAUCUACUGGACGGAGUAUGUGCUGCGCUAUAAAGGAGCUGCCCAUAUGCGUGUGUCCAGCGCCAAUAUCAAGCUCACGGACUAUUAUUGCCUCGAUCAUCUGCUCAUUAUAUUUGUGCGCUUUGGUUUAAUUUUCUUACUUGUUGUUUAUAUUUUAUUCAAGCUCAAAAGCUACUCACAUCGUCAUAUAUACUUCGGCCUAAACUAAACUGACGAUAUCUAUUAACACACAAAUCACAUUUGCUAUAUCUUAUCAAAUUAACUGAUUACUAAUCAGCGUUUAGUGAUUAAGCGAUUUGAUAAUUGAAAUCAACUGAAAGCAGCUUCAAUUCUUUAAGCUUCAUUCCCAUUGAAAGUUAUUACGCAUACGCAGCAUAUGCU